AUGUGUUCCACGGGGAAGGGGCUUGCUCUGCAGCAGCAGGAUGCCUACAACUGGCGUCUUAAGGAGGCUCAGGCUGCCAAGGAAAGAGGCAACGCCGUUCAGCAGGUAAAGGGAACUCGACCCAUCGACGAGAAGAAGCUGCGUGAAGCGGUGUUCAGCUAUCAAAGGGGGUGCAUGUACCUCGCCGAGUAUCUCCCCGAGACGACGGACGGUGUGGAGGAGAACCUUCAGGACAUGUUAGUAAGCCGCCAGCGAAGAGCCCGAAGGUGCCCACUAGACGAGAAACAGCUCACUGAAGUGGUGGAUUUGUACGCCGCGCUGCAGAAGAACCUGGCGCUAGUGAACUAUCGUCUUGGACGCUACGCGAAGGGGGUGGAGUGUGCCACUGCCGUGCUUGCCCUUCCCGGGUGCGCGAACGACAAGAAGGCGCUCCUGCGGCGCGCCUUCUGCAACUGCUCGCUUACAGAUUUUGUGGCCGCGGAGGCGGACCUGGAUGCCCUGGAGCGCCUCUGCAAGGAUGAAAACGCGCCGCUGGAUCCCAGCUUCCAAGAACUACGUGGCAAAAUUUCGACUGCCAGGCGUGAGGCGCUGGAGAAGGAACGCCGCAUGUGCAAAAAGAUGUUUGCCUCAGAGCAAAGGAAUAAAUAA